UGGCGUAUGCCUUGAUUACAACAAAUCAGGUCUUGAUGCUCGUAUACUGCACAAAGCCACAAACGUUACUAGCAGUGAGGUUCACAACACCAGAAAAACGUUUCCCAAAAAUGGAUUUGCAUUUCAAACUAUUGAUUAUAGUCAUACUUUCGACUUCUGUGGCCCUUGCGCUGAAACGCGAGCCUGACGAUGAAUGGGAGGCAUGGAAAAGGCAGUUUGGAAAAAACUAUGAGGAUGCCGAUGCUGACACAUUUCGAAGAGCUAUCUGGGAGCAGAAUGUUCAGAAGGUCACGCAUCACAACCUGAAGUUUGAUGCGGGAGAAAGUUCUUUCAGAAUGGCUUUGAACGCAUUUUCCGACCUUAAACCUGGAGGACUAUUCAAGAAAUCUCGCACUAUCGGGAACCCGCGUUCGAAGAACCAUUUACGCCACCACAGAAACGGAUUGCAGCUGUGUCACGCUUUUAAUUUGACCACACUGCCGGAUUUCGUUGAUUGGCGGCAGAAAGGCUACGUCACGCCGGUGAAGGAUCAGGGAGAGUGUGCCGGCUCAAUUUAUUAUGCCAUAACCGGAGCAGUCGAAGGGCAGUGGUUUAGUAAGACCAGGAACCUCAUUCCGUUAAGCGAGCAGAACCUGAUGGACUGCUGCGGCACGCCCCCAGGAGGGUGUGAAGGCGGACCAUCGUGCUCAGUAGCCGACGCAUACAACUACAUUGUCACCAACGGCAUUGAGAGCCUCCAGGACUAUCCCGACGAGGGCAGCACCGGAAAAUGCCAGUACGAUCCCUCCAAGCAAGCAGCUUUCAUCAGCGGCUACCAGAUAAUUGGUGCCACGGAGACGGAACUGAAAGCGGCCGUUGCCAAUAUCGGGCCAGUUACGGCGGCUAUCGAUGCCGAAGGGGAUUUCCAACAGUAUUCUUCCGGAGUGUUCUACGAUCCCACCUGUUAUCCCGAUGAUCCCGAUACGUAUGUGCUGAUUGUGGGAUAUGGAACGGAUCCGACGGGUGGCGAUUACUGGAUUGUUAAGAACUCAUGGGGUGCGAACUGGGGCAUGGAGGGAUACAUCCUUAUGGCGCGCAACAAGAACAACAACUGCGGUAUUGCAUCUUCAACAACAUUUCCUUACUACACUUGCUAAACAUUGAUAUCCAGAAACUAUAUUUUAACUCUGUCGCUGCUCUGUUUACUGCAGUGUUGUAGUAGCCUGCUGCGUUCUAAUGUUUGUGAAUGUUAAUUUCGUUGCACACAGGCUAGUGAUGUCCAGGAAGUCGAAGCACUUUUCCUUGUUUCCCCUGCAUGA